UCGCCGCGUGCAGAUUUUAAUACUCGCGCGCGCGCGCGUCCGCGCCCCUGGCCAUGAGGUGUUGCGCGCUUUCGUUGCUGCUGCUCUUUCUCGCCGGCGACGUCGUGGACGCCAGCACGCAAGAUGCUUUCGGGGUACACAGACUAUUGGUCUACUGUGACUCCAAACCCAAACUGGCAUUGGUGUUAGCUCAUGAAAAUGACGAGGACUUUGAUUUUCUGAGAAUUCCGCGAUCCUUCGACGAACCUGUGGACGUUUUAGUCACAGCAGAUGGAGUGAACAGAUUCAAGGAUGAGUUGCGUUCGAACAAUAUCGGAUUCGAAGUUCUCACCGAAGAUGUUAGUCAAGUUCCGCAGGAAGAAACGAGGCAUGACCGACGGAAACGCUACGCUAGUGAUGACUAUAAUAUCAUCGAUUUCAAAUCGUAUCCUCGUUAUCAAGAGAUACAGGCAUACUUAGAAAUCAUCGACCAGAAAUAUCGAUUUGUCAAAUACAAAGUUCUGGGUUUCACGUUCGAGAACAGGCAGAUAAUGGGCAUCAAGUUUUCCAGUGGUGGCGAAGAACGAAAGCCAGCAGUUUUCAUCGACGCUGGUAUACACGCACGUGAAUGGAUUGCACCUACCACCGCGUUGUAUGCCAUCAAACAGUUAGCCGAGAAUGCUAGCAAUUAUCACCUGUUUCAGAACGUUGAUAUCUACAUUAUACCUCUUGCUAAUCCUGAUGGUUACGAAUACACGCACUACAACCAGACGACCAAGUACUGGAGGAAAACGCGAACGGUGUAUAAUUUUACCGAAUGCUUGGGAGCUGAUGCUAAUCGUAACUUUGAGUUGGAAUGGAUGACCGUUGGAGCUUCGGAUCGACCUUGCAGUGGUACUUACGCAGGUAGCCGACCAUUUUCCGAGGCUGAGGCUCGCGCCAUAAGAGAUUUCAUUCUGGCUCGGCGAGAUCGGAUAGUCGUGUAUUUGACACUGCACUCGUUUGGUCAGUAUUUCCUUCACCCUUGGGGAUUUACAACAGCGUUACCUGCAAACGAGCCAACCUUGCGAUGCACUGCAAAUGCGGCAUUAAAUGAGCUAAGAAAAGUACGAGGAACAGAGUACAAAGUAGGCAGCUCCACCAAUGUUUUAUAUGCAGCAUCGGGUGGCAGCGACGACUGGGCGAUGGGAAUCGCUGGAAUCCCAAUAGUGUUCACAAUCGAAUUACCUCCACUACCAGGCAACAUUGAAAAUUUCUUUCCACCCGUCAAAGAAAUCGAACCCGUUGGUCGUGAGACCUUCGAGGCUAUCAAAGUUUUCAUUCGGUACGCCAAUGGCGAAGUUUGCACUGCGUCUCAGCCAUUACAAAUAGCACCUAGUCAAGUAGACGAUAGCGACAGACCAUUCACGGUUACACCAUGACCUUUCUCUUUCUUUCCACGUGGUGUCGCUGACUGUUCUUUGUUACUUCUCACUUUUUUUCUCUCUUUGUGCGCCAACUCAAACGUGUCAUUUUUCUUCUACCGUGUGCUUGUGUGCAAUCGAAUGAUUUGUAAUAAAGUUAUACAAAACUACAUUUGCGUUUUUUAUU